AUGCCGGCACACAAGUCUGCAAGAAUCCGCCAGCUGUCAGGUGGUCUUUACGUAGAAGAACCACCUCCUCAACGGAUUGGCCUUCAGCCUCGUUUCCGAGUCGAAACCAUCAGCCAAGAUGAUAAAACCUUUGCCGAAUCCGUUUUGAGAAGGGAGGCCUCCGCUGCCAGGGGGUCUCAGCCGCUGCUUCGAAGAGUAAAAUCAAAGUUGAGCCGGCCUGACAAGGCUGUGACUUUGACCGCGCUAUAUAAUCAUGUCCAGGCCAACGGCUCCGCUGAAGUUGCUCAGAUAUACGUUGACAGACUGCUCUUGGAUGCUGCACAGGCAAAUAUACAGCUACAAUUGCCAGAUGUCCUUCUUCGCACUGCUGUGAAGAAUGCAAACACCAACCUGAUCCGACUCCUCGCUCCUUUCGCCACAAUUGAGACAGUCAGUGCUGUGUUGGAAUCUGCAGUCCUCGGUCAAACUCUGCAGAUCGUCACGGCCCUGCUGGAGUACGGCGCGGAUCCAAACUGCUUGGACCGUGACUGUAUACUUCGACUGGCUGAAACAGACUGUCAACUCCUUCAACUCAUUCUUCGCGCUCCCAGACAGCUACGGCAUGAAGCAUUCGGGGAUUUGUGCGACCUUGCUAUCCGGGAUGGACUGUCAAACGCGUUCGACGUCGUUCUUCGCAGUCUUCCCAACUAUCCAAUACUCCGCGAUUCAGACCCUCCCUGGAACCGAGACUGUCUACUCGAAGCGGCGAUCGACGGCCCUGAUAAGAGUAUGUUUUUCUGUAUCGCCGCGUCUACGUCCACGUGGCCCUUGAGGGAUAACCGUCUGUUUCUACAUGUGCUGGACUCGACGGCGAUAGAUCGCUUACAGGCUAAAGACAUGGUGGAGGUCUUGCUUUGUCUGAGUGUCUUGUCGCCAGCCUUUCACUCCAGUCCGGAGAUUGAAUCAUUUUACUGCCGUUGUGUACAAGAACAACAUGAAGAUAUACUGCGUCUGAUGGCGUCUUACGGUGUUCCUAUCUCGGCGGGGCCUCUUCUGAUCGCAUGCCAAAAUAAUGACGAAAAGAUCCUGGACGUCCUCCUGGUCGGUACUAUUCAAGGAGAAGAGCAGGUGGUUGCUCGUACCUCGCACCUACAGAGCGCAAUACAAAGGAAGAUGUGUCGGAAGAUCCUCAGGCGUCUUCUUGCUGGAGGAGCUAAAGGAGUGUGGAAACACAAAGAACUUGUCACCGCGGUCUCGCUUGGGCAAGUAGAAUGGGUUGAAACACUGAUCGACGCAAAUGCUUCAGUGGACUAUCAUAACGGCAAGGCUCUUCUCGAAGCCGUUGCGUCAGGGCAUGUUCGAAUUGUUCAAAAGCUCCUGUCUCGUCCUGUUUCUCUCGAGAGCUUGCAAGCGGCAUUUCCGAGCAUCAGUCAACUCGAACCUUUGCCGCGACGACUGCUUACGAAGCUGUUCAUCAAUCAGGGACUCUCUGGUCAAUGUCUCGACGAUGCUCUCAACAGGGAACUCUGCAACUAUUCAUACCACAGAGAUCCUGAGUUAGUCGACAUGUUGAUCACAUCGGGCGCUUGUUGCAAUGAUGUUUCGCUUACUGUCGUCUUUGAACACAAAGGUGCGGUGAUCUUCAACAAACUAGGCCUUUCCAAAACAACACUCCAUGGCUCGGUUGUGGAAUGGUUCAAAAGUUGGCACCGUAUGCUUCUCCUUCACGCUCAGCAGGAAGACGAGCACUCGCUUACGGCCACUGCAUGCCUCAAGAUGCUGUUUCGCAAAUUAAAAGUCAUCAAAACGCUUUGUGAUGCUCAUGAAGGUGACCGACGGCUCGAAUGCCUCCACCAGUUCCUGGAAAAUGGUGCAGCAGACCUAGAUCUACUCUCAGCAUGGCUGAAGUGGGCACAGCAAAUGGACGGCGACACCUUGACCGAGCUUGUACUGACAGCAGCUUGUUUCUGCGAUCUCAGCAGACUUCAUUUGGUUAUCAGCUCCAAACCAGUGAUCAAUCCGUCCCCAGCCGAUGUUGAAAGUCCUAAGGUGGAUUCUCGGUCGAAGGCAGCAAAUUUGUUCUCGUUUGUCCUAGUCCCUCCAAUUCGGCAAGAUACACACCCAUUCUCAGACACAAGGGGCGUCGAAAACCUGAGAGUCUUAUUUCGCCAAUAUUUACGAGGCGGCUUUGAGAGUCACCUUGCGACGAGGCUCCUCCAGAGACACCUGGAGCAUUGUUCCCAAGCCAUCCCCGAAAGUGAAGCUUGGCCACUCCUUACACUACAAUUUUUACUAUCCCAGCCCAUUGAAACCACACUACCAGAAUUCAGUUCCUGUUUAUACAUGGCGAUCGCUUCCCAGCAGUGGUUCGUUCUAGGGCGGCUCCUCGAUCGGCCACUACCGCAGGAAAUGGUUGCCCGCUUCUUCCUCGUCGACACGUCUCUGCUUGCGCCUCGUGCGAUCGAAGUCCUUCUUGGAUCCCAAGCAAUGGCAUUGAUGAACGAUGAGUUCUUCUUUGGGCCUGUACAGCGGACUUUCAAUCAUGCAUGCCUGGCGCAGGACCAAGAAAUGGCCAUGCUCCUGUGCUCUAAAUCUCGCUGCAAACUACGCCUCAGAGAUGUUUUACUGUCCUUACAACAAGCAAUUGAUGCCUCGGACCUCAAUUAUAUCUCAGUUUUGCUUAGUGCGACCACCUUUUCCCAAGAAGAUCUGGAGAUACUUUGGAAGCACAGUGCUCAACAACACCAAAGCAUCGAAUUUCUUGCUCUUGCGGUGAUACUGCUCAAAGCAGGUGCUGACGGCUCAUCAAUCGGUGCCACUUUAAUCGAAGCGGUGGAAAGAGACAAUGAAGCUCUCGUCAACCUCAUUCUAGCCCAAUGGCAAGCCACAGGGUCCUCGCAGUGUCGAGAAGAGUUUGACUAUGGAAGACGCCGGCCAAUAUCCCGAACCUCAGGCCUUGGCCCUGGUGCCAACUAUUUUUCGGCACUCGCUCGCGCCCUGACGGUUGCUGUUCGUCUCGACCGGGCACCCCUUUGUCGGCACCUUUGUGCAGCAGGAGCUCCACUUGUAUGUCAAGGACACUCACUCAUUGAGCUUGCUGUAGCCCUGGGAAGCCACGGCGCUCUCAUGGAGAUGAUCAUGUACACGAAAACACGUCCUGACCUGGAUGGGGCUGUCAGCUUCGCUCUCCUUCAAGUGGUGGUGCACAACCGCGAAACCUGGGUACAAGAACUAGCACGCCUUGGCGGAUCAGUUGAAGCUUACGACUUUGAGUCCCUGAAAAUCGCGGCGGGAUGUGAUCAUCCUGGUAUCUUGGGUGUGCUUCUGCCGUAUAUUGAGACGCCGCAUGGAUUUUCCGCCAUUUGCCAAACACUUCAAAGGCGCCUUACCACAUACGAGGGCGAUCUGGACAUUAUUUGCGUCAUGUUCGAGCAAAUCCACAAAGCAGGCUUCCAGGAGAAGGAGCCGUACAAUGAGGCUCUUUUCGCACUGUUGGCAGUCCGAUCUGCUCAAUCUAAUCAUGCAGAAAUCUUGCUCGGUUGUGGAGCGUCUCUCGAGUACAGAGAUGGCGAAGGUAUGGUACAACUUUGGAGACGAGGUAGUGUGCGACUCUUCGCGGAACUUGUUGGGUACUGCAAUCGCAUCAGAACACGACUGUUCACUGAGGCAUUUCGCGAUUACAUACGACAAGAACAGGGUCGUAUCAGCCUCUCAGUCGCCGAUACGCUGUCUGUUCUCGGUGCUCUCCUCGAAACAGAUAUACCUCAGGACGCGCGUGAUGUCGCGCUCGACGUUACGGCCAGAGUUUGCCAUCAGAAGCUUGACUCUGGUCCGAUCAUCCGACUGUUAUUGGAAAAGGGGGCUCGUUUCCGUAAAGGAGCUGGGGUUUCACUCUAUCAGGUCUGCCGCCUCGAUGACGCCCAGAUCAGAGCCCUGAUUAUCCAGAGCCCUCCACGUAUCCACACUCGUCUACUGGCUCUUCGUCGCCUCUUCCGACAUCAAGGAACAAGUGCCGGAGGCAGAGACACCGGCCAAGAGCCCAAUCCUUCAGACCAGGCCUGUCUAUACAACAUCAACUUCCCGGGAUCACCGGCGCAAAAUCUCAACCUAAAAGCGUCAGAUAUUGUUCUCUUGAUAGAUUCAAUGCUGAAUCCCAAGAUUCGGACUGUAGGGACUAGCUUGUUGUUCACCUUUUUCUUCAUGCUAGGAGGUCUUCACGUGCUGUCCUCCCUAUCCUGUUCAAAUGCCGACCGCAAUGACGUGGAACAAAUGUUUGCUACUGCCAUAACAAACUCGGAAGUCAAAGAAUUGGAUGAUCGAACCGAGUUCCUGCUCAGGGUCAUGCAGAUUGACGUCCCUGCUCUAGUGAGCCUAACUGGAGAUGGCUCUGGCCUCGCUUUGGAAGACAGUUCACUGAACAGACUACUAUUAUUGUCUCUGCAGUACAAAAAGUUCGGUUUGGCCAGUACACUCUUGGAGGCUGGUGCCAACCCGAACACGAGAGACGAGGAUGGACGCUCUGCACUAUACCUGGCCACAGUGGAAAAAUCUCUCGACAUUAUGAGAACUUUGAUCGAGAAUGGCGCCAAAGAGGACGAUGGAAGUCUGCACAUCGCGACUUGCUGGCAGCACCAUGAGGCAAUGCAGCUGCUUCUCGGGGCAGGGCACGAACCAGGAUAUUGCUCCGAACUCUUCUUUCGAGCUACGCCACUCGAAGCUCUCUUGCGAUUCAGCCACUCCGGAACAGGGUAUGAACUUUUCGAAAUGACGCUCGCCGUGCUGUUGUGCGAUGUCGAGGUCCCCGAAGCCUUCUGGACGAGUGAGCCCAAUCUUCUGUCUCUCGCUCUGAUGGGUACAUGGCCGUAUCAAAUGUUCAGUGCGCUACUGUGUUGGUUCCCUCCAGAUGUGGUUGAAUUGCCUCUCAUUCGUCGCGACCGCUUCAUGUUCUCUACCCUCAGCCUUGUCGAAAGAGGAGAAGAUAUCGAGCUCUCUGACGUCGAGCGGGUGGAGUUAUCGACGCUCCUCGAAACACUAGGGUUCGAGCGAUGUUUUUACGCCGUGGAGGGAGAUCAACCCGAAGACGCCGUCAACGUGCCUGAACACCUAGAGGCUCCCGAAUUGAGGGCACGGCGUCGUGCUUGGAAGGAAAAAGACUGUGCCGUUUGUGGCGAUAAGCCCUCCGAUCGCGACGCGAUUCACGCGGCAUUGUCCCCAUCAUGCGAAAAGAACCAUGGGUGGGAGGCCGACAUCAUCUGCACCGACUGCCUGCAAGGACACCUCGAAUCGCAGAUGUUCCCUCAGGGUGGCGAUAAAUUUCCCUCGCCGAAGGUCAAAUGCUGGGCUCCCAACUGCUCUGAAAUCCUCAGCCACUCGAUCGUCCAAGCCUUGGCCAAGACCGAGAGGUUCACCAUCUACGACGCUGCUUUGGUUCAAAUGUUCCUCAGCGCUGGGGAAAACAUGGCCAAAUGUGCUCAACCGAUGUGCACUGGCGCGACAUGGCUCGGCGACGACGACAAGAACACGACCAUCUUCGCAUGUGACGUGUGCGGUGAGUAUACCUGUAUCCAGUGCAAUCAGCUGUACGACAAGCACCGAGACGAACCAUGUCCUCAGGGCGAAGAGGCCAAAGGCGCCGAACGACGGAAGGAAGAGGAGGCUGCUACAGCAGCCCUCCUGGCCAAAGGAAAGAAGUGUCCCAAAUGCAAGCUGCCGUUCGAGAGGAUCGAAGGCUGUGACCACAUCGUCUGUGGCAAAGACGCGCACUCGAGUGCGAGAGGACUUGGCUGUGGAUUCGAAUUCUGCUACAUCUGUGGCGCCGACUAUAAUGCCAUUCGCCGGAAAGGAAACACGGCGCACGCGAGGAGUUGUGAUCACUACGCAUGA